GCGAUUUGACGUGAGAAGGUGGGGCGUGCGCGCAAGAUGGCGGCCGAGUGAGAGGAACGGGGAGAAAGGGGAGAGAGAGAGAGAGAGAGAGAGAGAGACGGGUGAAUGUUUCCGAGACCCUAGUUAUGUGAAAAUGACUCAGGGAAAGAAGAAGAAGAGAGUGAACCGCAGUGUUCUUCUCGCAAAGAAAAUCAUCAUCAAAGAUGGCGGCUCUCCUCAGGGGUUUGGCUCUCCAAGCGUGUAUCAUGCAGUCAUCGUCAUCUUCCUUGAAUUUUUCGCUUGGGGUUUGCUCACCGCUCCCACUUUGGUGGUUUUACAUGAGACCUUCCCAAAGCACACCUUUCUUAUGAAUGGACUCAUCCAAGGAGUAAAGGGGUUGUUGUCCUUCCUCAGUGCACCCCUCAUAGGGGCGCUCUCUGACGUUUGGGGAAGAAAGUCUUUCUUGCUGCUAACUGUGUUCUUCACCUGUGCUCCUAUACCACUGAUGAGAAUCAGUCCUUGGUGGUACUUUGCAGUAAUUUCUGUGUCUGGUGUAUUUGCCGUUACCUUUUCUGUGGUAUUUGCUUAUGUAGCUGAUAUAACACAGGAGCAUGAGAGAAGCAUGGCAUAUGGACUGGUUUCGGCAACGUUUGCAGCUAGUUUGGUCACUAGUCCCGCCAUCGGAGCUUACCUGAGUGAUGCAUACGGCGACUCUCUCGUGGUGUUGCUGGCGACCGCCAUUGCUCUGCUCGACAUCUGUUUCAUCUUGGUGGCUGUUCCGGAGUCUCUGCCAGAGAAAAUGAGACCGGCGUCUUGGGGGGCUCCAAUUUCCUGGGAGCAGGCAGAUCCAUUUGCUUCUCUGAAGAAAGUCGGCCAAGAUUCCAUUGUUCUGCUCAUAUGCAUCACCGUGUUCCUCUCCUACCUCCCGGAGGCUGGACAGUAUUCCAGCUUCUUCCUGUACCUCAGACAGAUUAUGAAAUUUUCAUCGGAAAGUGUGGCCGCCUUCAUUGCCGUUCUGGGAAUUCUAUCCAUAGUUGCUCAGACAAUCGUUUUAAGUUUGCUCAUGAGGUCGAUCGGAAACAAGAACACAAUUCUGCUGGGCCUCGGUUUCCAGAUACUGCAGCUGGCCUGGUACGGCUUCGGAUCAGAACCUUGGAUGAUGUGGGCUGCAGGAGCGGUGGCAGCAAUGUCCAGCAUUACGUUUCCCGCAGUAAGCGCUUUGGUGUCUCGGACUGCAGAUGCUGACCAGCAAGGUGUUGUCCAAGGAAUGAUCACAGGGAUCCGUGGAUUAUGUAAUGGACUUGGACCUGCCCUGUAUGGUUUCAUAUUUUACAUCUUUCAUGUGGAACUGGAUGAAAAUCCUAUUGGGGAAUCGGGCCAUAAUGACAAAGUAACCACAUCCCAUUCACAGCAGAAUUCCAUCAUCCCCGGACCCCCGUUUCUCUUCGGAGCCUGUUCUGUGCUGCUCGCUCUUCUUGUAGCCUUGUUUAUUCCGGAGCACACCAAUCUGAACGCUCGCAGCGGCAACUGGAAAAAACAUGGAGCAGGACACAGCCAUCCCCACAGUCCUCCAGCCCCCGGGGAGGGCAAAGAACCUCUCUUGCAGGACACAAAUGUAUGACAAAUGCCUAAAAUGAUGACUUCUGCUGCUCAUGUAGUUGCAUUCCACUCAGUUAGGAGCUGAGGCACCUGCAGGACCAAUUUCGGAUUUUGUAUGAAAGGUCAACAAGAGAGUCCUCCCGAGUCACAGGACAACCUCUGGCCUAACGUGGCUAUCCUGCAUCCUCCAUCCCAGCAGGGCCAAAUCUCUCCAGCCUUUACCUACUUUAUGACCGGAUUGCGGGAGAAGACGGACGUAGAUCUGUUAAAUCUUCUAAGUGCCAGAUUGCUGCAAUUGGAAAAAGGAAAACAAAAAAACAACAAAUCUGUCUGUACGGAUGUAAAUGGUGCAGGUCAACUUAGAAUGGCAGCAGGUGAGACUGCUGGUACGGCACAAGACACGUGCUGCUUAAGAGGCUAUUUUAUUGGGGAUCCAUGUAUACAUAUGUCAGUGUUCCCCAACUAGAAUGCCUCCAGCUGUUGCAAAACUACAACUCCCAGCAUGCCCGGACAGCCGAAGGCUGUCCGGGCAUGCUGGGAGUUGUAGUUUUGCAACAGCUGGAGGCGCCCUGGUUGGGAAACACUGACAUAAGGGCUCGUAGCUUUGCGGCUGUCCUGCUGCCCAGGACACAGGACCGACACAGCCCUCAGCCGGCCAUGUCACUAGUGGUAUUGAGGCUCUUUUAUGUCUAUGGUUCUUCAGUCUUGUAUCUUUUUGUGUGUUUUUUUGUUUUGUUUUUCUCCAGCAAUUCUUUUUAUUUAUUAUUAUUUUUUUUUUAAAGCUAGCCAAAGUACAUGCAUCUUUUUUUUUUUUUUUUUUUUUUUACCGCGCUUACUCCAUUUCCUGGGCUUCUUUGCUGUUAUGAUGCCAUUACAAGCAUUUAUUCUCCUCCCCAACAGCCUAUUGUACAGGUAGGUGACUAGAGCAAAAAAAAAAAAAAAAUCUCACAUGUUUACAGAGUGACACCACUGAGAGGUUACGCCGAAGCUGGUUUUACCAGUCUGGGAGAGCUCCACGUGUCCUGGCACAAUUUUGGAAUCUGAUUUAAUGCUGUUGGAACGUUUUAGAUCUGCUGUGUAAACCACGAAGCCUUAACGCAAGUCCAACGUGUCAGCCAUAUGUUAUGAGUAGAGAUGAGCGAAUUUACAGUAAAUUCGAUUCGUCACGAACUUCUCGGC